GCAACAUAGCAUGCCUACCCAGGCAUCCAGCGCCAUGAGCGUCACCAGUGUAAGUCCACGAGUGUCAGAACCACCCUCGCUACAGGCUUCGCGGCAGAUUGUCUUCCUUUUUGAACCUUUGAUGAUUUCAUCACCGCCUGCAAGAACACUGCGUCAUCGAUCGAGUGAAUCGCAGACUUGUGUUUCCUAGGCAAAACGAGCAAUAAAUGGCGCAGCAGCCGGCUACAACAAUGUCCCAAUGUCAAUCCCAUCCCGCUCGAAAUUUCUCUCCACGAGCUUCAAAGAAUUUGUUAAUAGACACGCCUUAGCAUAUCCUCAGAAGGCACUUACUGUGCAAUUGCACAACGCUGAAGAACGCGCCAACAUGUCGAGCUCUGCGAGAGGGUUCCCGAAGACGUCGGAUGCACCGGGAGAGCAGUUCGAGCCACGGCAGACGGCGACCAGUGAGGACUACGCUCCGGAUCCACCAAAAUCAUUGCAGCUGAGUCCUGCGCGGCAGCGGCUUGUGGACGAUAUCAUUGCCUUGUACAGCUGCCAGCCAAUAGUAGAAAGAGUAAAGAGAUACACGCCUGACAGUGUAUAUGAUGAUCAGUUUGUGUACGCAAAUGACCGCUACAAUAUGGCAGGACAGUGGUUCGCAUUGCCCAAGCUGUUCAAGAGCAGCAUCAACGAAAGCUACCAAAUUAUCCGCUCCGACGAUGAGAUGAUCCAGUUCAAGAACAAGCAGUCUUGGACCUUCCGCCUCAUCCCCAAGACGGCCACCAUUACCGGCCUGGUCUCGUUAUCGCUGGACCCUGCCACCAAAGACUCCGAUUUCAUGCAGAUCAAAUAUCACAAGGAUCAAGCUAAUGAUAAAGAUUACAGUCAUGAAGGGCUAGGCUUCACAUUCAAGAAGUGGCAGGCUGGUAACGUAGUCAAGCAUAUGGACGCGCCAGAGUUGAAGGAAUUUGAGCAGGAUAAGAAUGCUGCGAAGGAACACGUGCGGAAAUAUGGCACGGGUAAGGAGGAGGGUGCGGCGCCAAAGACUUUACGAAUUAGCUCAUUAAAAUAUCCAAGUUUAGGAAAGUAUCGACGUUUGC